ACUGUGCUCUGGGUUUUAGACCCAAUCUCAGCAGCGGAGCAUCAUGAAAGCUGCCGUGCCCACAAGCAUUUUCCUGUAAAAGUUAAAGCAGUUGCUGUUGACACCCAUAGUAGCACAGCUACGCCACCAGCAUUUAAACAAAGCAUGUUUAAAUUCUGCUGUACCAGAACUCCGGGAAACCAGCUGUUCAUCCAGCGCGGAAGGCAACAGACAGACAGAAACAGUCAGAAGUGAAUCAUUUAAUCAGCUGGACUGUCUGGAUGAACAGGAAAGAGACACAGGCAUCGAAUUAAGGAGAUUCCAGUCUUGCACUACCGUCAGCGCAUUGGGAGCAGAGGGUGAAUAUUUAUUCAUCUCACUCGCUGCAAUCCAGGAGGAAUCAACCAAGGCAGAGCAAAUGGAUAAUGGAGACUGGGGCUACAUGAUGACUGAUCCAGUCACUCUGAAUGUCGGAGGGCACCUGUACACCACGUCUCUCUCAACGCUGACACGGUACCCGGACUCCAUGCUGGGUGCCAUGUUCCGAGGAGACUUCCCUUCCGCCCGGGACUCCCAUGGACACUUCUUCAUCGACCGGGACGGGCCGCUGUUCCGGUACAUCCUGAACUUCCUGCGCACCUCGGAGCUGACCCUGCCCAUGGACUUCAAGGAGAUCGACCUGCUCCGCAAGGAGGCUGAUUUUUACCAGAUCGAGCCCCUGAUCCAGUGCCUCACCGACCCCAAGCCUCUGUACCCACUGGACACCUUCGAGGAGGUGGUGGAGCUCUCCAGCACCCGCAAGCUUUCCAAAUACUCAAACCCCGUAGCAGUCAUCAUAACCCAGCUCACCAUCACCACCAAGGUGCGCUCCCUUCUGGAAGGCGUCUCCAACAACUUCACCAAGUGGAACAAGCACAUGAUGGACACCAGGGACUGCCAGGUGUCCUUUACCUUUGGACCAUGUGACUAUCACCAAGAGGUGUCCCUGCGCGUGCACCUGGUGGAGUACAUCACCAAGCAGGGCUUCACCAUCAGGAACACGCGUGUGCACCACAUGAGCGAGCGUGCCAACGAGAACACUGUGGAGCACCACUGGACUUUCUGCAGAUUGGCAAGGAAAACAGAAGACUAACCGUUUUUAGAAAACACAAAAAUGCUCUCUCAUAUAUAUAUAUAUGAUGAAUAAACACCUGCCAUUACUGAAUAUGCA